GCGGGCAAGUUUGUGUACUGUGAGGUGCUGCCGCCACGGGGACGCCAAGCCGCUAAGCACACCACCAUAAUUCCCUUACCGAGCGCCUACACCUCGUCUUACCACCGUCUAAAAAAACAGGGAAUAUCCACGGUUAAAUUAACACUGUGCCCUGGCCGCGUGCACCCCCGGGAGUGGCUGUGGAGGCGUGAAUUAGGGGGUCGGUCACCUUAGUUCAAACAUGGCGGACACCUACAAACUCGGGGACCUCGUCUGGGCCAAGAUGAAGGGGUUCUCGCCAUGGCCCGGCAAGGUCAUUUCUGCAAAGGACAAUGUCAAAAAGCCCAGCAAGAAGCACUGCCAUUUCAUCUACUUCUUUGGCAGUGAAAAUUAUGCAUGGAUUGAGUCUGCCAACAUGAAACCAUACUUCCAGUACAAAGCUCGUCUCAUGAAUGCCAACAAAACAUCAACGUUCAAAGAAGCUGUCGAAUGUAUUGAAAAAUACAUAGGAGAAAAUAACAUUGAGGUCCCUGAGGUGAAGGAGGAGAACAGUGAUGCAAACCACACAGAAAAAAGUGAAACGCCUUCCGCCAAAAAAAAGAUAAAGGGCACACCCAAAAGGAGGCCCAACAGUGACGCGAGCAGUGGCGGCAGCAGUACCAAGCGCAUCAAAAUAGACCCGAUGAGGCACAAGGAUCCACUGCUGGACUCGUCGCCUUCAAGUCACAAUGCCAAGGCCAGGGUAUCAGCUCUCCUCAACAGACCAGUCCACAUUGAAAGACCAGAUACUCCACCCUUGGAUGUGGGCAGUGUGAGCCAGACUUUGAAAGAUAAGAAAAUAGAGCCAUCAGGGCUGAAGUUUGGGUUCCUCGGCCUUGGCAUCAUUGGGUCUGGGAUCGUCAAGAACCUUCUCAACAGUGGACACAGUGUAAUGGUGUGGAACAGAUCAUCAGAAAAGUGUGGAGAUUUUGUAAAUGCAGGCGCCAAAGAAAUGAUGACCCCGUCAGACGUCAUUGCUUCAGCAGACAUCACGUUUUCGUGUGUCUCAGAUCCACAGGUUGCCAAGAAUAUGGUUUUUGGCAAUUGUGGAGUCCUACAAGAGAUGUCUGCUGACAAGGGUUAUGUUGAGAUGACUGGCAUUGAUGCUGAAACCUCUCAAGAUAUUGCUGAGGCAAUUGGUGGGCGUGGAGGGCGGUACCUUGAGGCACAGGUUCAAGGGAGCAAGGUGCAGGCUGAGGAGGGCACCCUUGUCAUCCUUGCAGCAGGCGACAGGACACUCUUUGAUGAUUGCCAAAGUUGUUUUCAGGCAAUGGGUAAAAAUUCUUUCUAUUUGGGUGAAGUUGGAAAUGCAAGCAAGAUGAAUUUGGUUCUUCAAGUCAUGGCUGGAGUAACGCUAGCAGGUCUUGCAGAGGGCAUGGCCCUCGCUGACAGAGCUGGAUUACAGCAGAAAGAUGUAAUGGAGAUUAUGGAACUAACCUCACUUGCUUGUCCCCUCAUGAUUGAGAAAGGGAAAGCAAUUAUUGAAGGAGGAUUUCCCACACAUCUGCCACUGCAGCACAUGCAGAAAGAUCUCCGAUUGGGAAUGCUCAUGGGAGACACACUAGAGCUGCCUCUCCCGCUCACAGCAGCCACAAAUGAAGUUUUCAAACAUGCAAAACGACUUGGUUACGGGGAGCACGAUGUCUCCAGUGUUUACAUACGCACCCGAUUCUAACAAAGACUAAAAACUGAACCCGUCAGUAUGUUUUGAAUGGAUGUGAGCCCGUGGCCUCACCCAAGUGUGCACCCACAGUCACACAUCACAGUUUGCCAUGAGUGCACAUUCUUUGUUUUUGUUUUAUCAACAAUAGUGCAAAUCCUCUGUAUAUUGUGUUUGUUUUACUGGCAAUUGGCUGUUCACAUUUUGUAUGUUAGUAAAUAGUUUUAAUAUCACUUAUUUUUUUGAGUUGAAUUCUACCAUCUAGGUGUUUGGACCGUAAGCUGAAUGAUUAAGUUUUUAUAUAAUAAAGUGACUUACAUUGUGUAGUUGAAAAUUUCAAAGACAGUUAGCCACAAGCUGUGGAGAUUCUUAAAUAACAACUUGGUUCACUAAAAGAAUGUAUGAAUUGGCUUGACAAUGGACCGGAGUUGGGUAUGCUCCUUUACUGAUGAGUUUCCUAGUUCAUUUUGUCCUGUUCUCUUUCCUUCUGCUUACUGUAUGGCAAAAAGUAUGAAUGCUUUGUGGAAAGACUUGUGUAAGUUGUGUCACAAAGUCGCCUCAUUCUACGUUUUCUAUCGAUUUGACAGCAAAUGGCGACUUGAUUUUUUACUAUAUAUUUUAAAUAUUUUUUGCAAUAUAAAUUUUGUUAUGUAUGUUUUGUGUUAGUAAUUAAGCAGUUGAAUGGAUAAACAAAAUUUUACUCAAUUAAAGUUUUCUACAAGUCAGUCAUUGCUCAUUUAUUGAAUAUCUUCUGCUUUUUUAUUCGGUUGUGUAACUGCUUUGUACAUUUGGUUCAUGCUAAGAUAUUUUUGUAAAAAUUGUAAAUUCAACAAUCCCCGAUGUGAGUUCAAAUCAUAAUGGUCUUGAUUUUUAAAACUUUUGUGCAUUUCACACAACUUAGCCCUGAUUUAGUCUAGUGUACAAUCAUGACUGAGGGACAACAGAAGAAACCUUUUGCAUAAGUAUAUCAAACAGUAAAAAAUAUUGGUUGAGGAAAUGGAAAUUUAAGGGAGACAGUUAUGCUUCCAUGCUUUGCUACAAAUUACUUAUUAUAGUAUUAUAUAUGGAAUAAAAUGAGAAAUUAU